AAAGGGGGGUUCCAUCCCACAGCACGUCAUGCCCAGUAUAUAAACUGGGGGGAGUUACCCGGAAGGCCGAGAUUGCUGCUGGGGUCCGGCUCGGUGUUGGUCGGCGGGUGCCAGGAACAAUAUGCCUGUUGUAAAAAAACGCAGAACUCGAGAGCCCCUCUGGCAUGAACGGGACUCGAAAGCACAGAAACAUGGGUUAAGACACACAGUCUAUGCUGUAAAUGGGGAUCGGUACACCGGAGAAUGGCAGGACAACUUGAAACAUGGCAAAGGCACCCAGAUAUGGAAAAGCACUGGAGCUAUUUACAGCGGUGACUGGAAGUUUGGGAAGCGCGAUGGUUAUGGCUCAUACAGCAUUCCUGACCCUGUAACCAAGCAGUACAAGAAGGUGUACACAGGCUGGUGGGAAAACGACCAAAAAUGUGGCUACGGGCUGAAGAUCUACCCCAACGGGGAGCGCUACGAGGGCGAGUGGAGCGCUGGGCUGCGGAGCGGCUGGGGACGCAUGUACUACCAGGAUGGAUCCAUCUAUGAGGGACAAUGGCUGUUGGACAAGCCCAGCGGGCAGGGAAUGCUGCGGCUCCCCAAUGAAAAUCGGUACGAAGGAGGCUGGAAAAAUGGAAAAAAGCAUGGCCCAGGGAAAUUUUUCUACUUGGAUAAGGGGCAGCUGUUGGAAGGUAUCUGGGCAUCUAAUGUACCAAAAUGUGGAAUUGUGACUGACUUCAACAAAGAUGAAGCUCCUGCCCCUCCUCAAUAUCCCAUCCCAAAGAUCGAACUGGCAGAUCCAGAUGGUGUUUUAUCAGAAGCCCAGGCGAUGUUUGAUGACAGCCAAAAUGAAUAACCGGAUGCUGAAGGAAAAAAAAGAUGCAUGAUAAGAACACAAUCAUGAGUGAGUUACUCAAAUGAGUCUCAAAUGCACUCUGUGGUGUAUUGUGUCUUUGUUUCCCUCACUUUUCCCUCAAGGCUGCUCAUGUAGAGUCAUAGAACGGUUUGGUUUGGAAAGGACCUUCAAAUCAUCUGGUUCCAACGCCCCUGACAUGGGCUCAGCUCAGAAGCCGCCUCCCACUGCCCCUUAUUUUGGAAAGGAAAAGGUGACUCUUUUCCCAUCUCCUCUGUAAAGAAAUCACACUCCUGUUGGGAUCAAGGUCUUUCGCAUUAAGAAGCAAGGUCUCUAUUAGCUAUAAAAGAAAAACUCUACAAAAGGUACAGUCAAGUAAUUCUCCCCUCCUGCUCCCCCCAAACUUGUCCUGAUAUAUACCUCUGACCCAAAAUGUCUUUUAAAGUUGUAACGGAUCAUGUUUUAAUUAAUACAGUUUUAUUAAUACAAUUUGA